AUGGUAUUAUCAUGGUUAACUCAUUCUCUUUCUCCUUCCAUAACUCAAAGUAUUCUUUGGAUCGAUAAAGCAGAAGAUGUGUGGAAGGAUCUUAGAGAAAGAAUUGCUCAAGAAGAUGUGUUGAGAAUUUCUGAUUUGCAAGAAGAGAUAUAUUCUCUUAAACAAGGUGAGAAAUCUGUCUCGGAUUAUUUUACUGAUCUGAAGAUACUUUGGGAUGAAUUGGGGAACUUUAGACCUAUUCCUGUUUGUACAUGUCUCAGUCCUUGUAAUUGUGGAGUUUUGGCCAAAUACAGGCAAUAUCAAGAGCGUGAUUAUGUAGUUAGAUUUCUGAAAGGACUUAAAGAUUCGUUUGCAACAGUUAAGUUACAAAUCAUGCUUAUUGAUCCAUUUCCAAACAUUAAUAGAGCUUUCUCUUUGGUUCUUCAACAUGAGAGACGACCCAAUUACUCAAUUCCUAUCUUGCCUAACCCUACAUUCACAGAACCUAAAGCUUUUGCCUAUAAAACACCGCCAGAUAACAGAUUCAAACCUACAACCUUUAACAAAUUUAAUUCUUCCAGACCAUUUCAGAAACCACUUCUGAAUAAUGCGGAUACUAGAUUUUGCACUUUUUAUGGCAAAUCUAUACACACAAUUGAGACAUGUUUCAAGAAGCAUGGAUUUCCACCUGGAUUUCCAACUUUCAAAGGGAAAUCUCACAUGGUCAGCAAUGUUAUUGCUAGUACAGAUGCACAAACAGAAUCUGCUGAUUGCAAAGUCAGUUUUGCUUCACCUGGUAACUCAGCCAACACCAGUAUUCCUCUUAUUGAGGAUCAGUAUUGCACUUUCCUUAAUCUCCUGCAGUCUAAUCAUUUUGACAACAGGCCGGACAAUGCUUUGCAGCGACAUCCCACAGAUUCAGUUGAUCUCACCAAAUAUGUCAUUAAUAAGCAUUCAUCUGCAAAUUUGAUUUCUGCCUUCACUCCUACAACAGGUAUUCAUUUUGCCUUAACAUGCUCUCUUAUUAAGGACAAAUGGAUUGUUGAUACUGGGGCUACGGAUCAUAUUGCCUGUAACCUUAGCAUGUCUUCUACAUGUUAUUUCAUUAAACAAAUUCCUAUUACUUUACCCAAUGGAAACAAGGUAAAUGCUUAUAUAGCAGAAUCUGAGCAAUUGGAGAGUGAUUGGUAUAGCUAA